AUGAAGUUUAUGAAACUUGGUACGAAGCCCGAUCAGUUCCAGAGUGACGGGGAAAAUAUAAGGCAUGUAGCGACUGAUUUGGCUACUGAUAUGGUCGUUAUUGUUGGCGAUGUCAAGUUUUAUCUACACAAGUUCCCCCUCCUCUCCAAGAGCCCCCGCCUCCAGCGGCUGGCUGCCGCCACAUCAGACGACGAGAUCCACAUCCACGACAUCCCCGGUGGGCCCCCCGCAUUCGAGAUAUGCGCCAAGUUCUGCUAUGGCAUGGUCGUCACUCUCAACGCCUACAACGUGGUCCCUGCCCGCGCCGCUGCCGAGUACCUCGAGAUGCACGAACCCACCGACUCUGGCAACCUCGCCCGAAAGAUCGACGUCUUCCUCUCGUCCAGCCUCCUGCGCUCCUGGAAGGACUCCAUCAUCGUCCUCCACACCUCCAAAUCCUACGUCCCUUGGUCUGAGGAGUUAAAAAUUGUCAGCCAUUGUUUGGACUCCAUAGCCUCCAAGGCCUCCGUCGACCCCUCCAAGGUUGACUGGUCCUACACCUAUAAUCGGAAAAAGCUCUCAUCCGAAAAUGGGCGGGACCCGCUGUACAAUGGCGUCAAGAAGCAGCAGACGGUCCCGAUCGACUGGUGGGUGGAGGACCUCUGUGGGCUCCCGCUCGAUUUAUACAAACGGGUCAUAACCACUAUUCAAGCCAAGGGGAGAAUAUCGGCUGAUGUCAUAGGCGAGUCGCUGCGCGCGUACGCUUCUAGAAGGCUCCCGGUUUUCAGGAGCGGGCUCGUGCGGGAGGACGAACUCGCGAAACACCGGUGCCUGGUCGAGACUGUCACACGGCUCAUUCCCGAGGAGAGAAGCUGCGUCCCGUGUGGCUUCUUGCUCAAGCUAUUGCAUGCGGCCUUUGUGGUGGGAUGUGAGGAGAAUGAGAAACGGGAGCUGAUGGGGAAAAUUGCGCGCCAGCUGGACGAGGCAACGGUUGCGGAUCUUGUGAUCCGGUCUCCGGAUGGGGAGGUGAUGGUUUAUGACAUGGAUGUGGUGGGGGGGUUGGUCGAGUUGUUUGUGAUGCUGGAGUGUGGGGCCCGGACAGACGAUCCCGAAUUUGAGGUGAUGUAUGCGGGAUUUGUUUCGGAUGCUUCCAAGGGCAAAGUUGCACGGCUGGUGGAGGGUUACCUGGCGGAGGCCGCCCGAGAUCCGUUGUUGCCGCUGUCAAGGUUUCUGGAACUCGCAAAUAUGGUGUCUGGCUUUCCUAGACCUACCCAUGAUGGAAUUUACCGAGCCAUCGACAUGUAUCUCAAGGAACACCCAGGGAUGAGCAAGGGCGACAAAAAGAAAAUAUGCCGGCUGAUGGACUGCCGUAAGCUGUCUCCCGAAGCUUGUGCCCACGCCGUGCAGAACGAGAGACUUCCGCUGCGGGUGGUCGUGCAGGUCCUCUUUUUCUUCGAGCAGGCCCGGGGGCGGGCAGGCGGCAACAGCAACGGCCUGCCAGAUCUACCGGGCCCGGUAAGGUCCCUGCUGCCCGGCGGUGGAGGGUCCCGCGGCAGCUCGCGAUCCGGGACUAGCAAAAAUACAGACACGUCCUCGGAACUGAAAGCUCUGAGAGGGGAGCUCGAGUCCCUGAGGCUGAACGACUGCAAUGACUCCAACGGGGUGAAAAAGGUGAUUUCGAGGCUGUGGUCGAAAGAGAGGGAGAAUAGCAGCUCGGACACGUCGGAAAGCCAUACUUCGACUCUGGAAUGA